AUGGCUCCUUCACUCAUCAACACUGAGCUUGACCAGUUCGUCGAAGCUGACGACUUGCGAAACGCAUUUGUAUUAUCGCUGUCAUCAAUGUAUAAAAAAGAGGUGCCGCUGUAUGGAGACCUGAUCAGGCUUGUCACCGCUGUGAAUAGAGAGACGCUGGAAACCUCUGCCAAUCCUAAGAUAGAGGCUCUGCAGCAUGGCGGUGUCGCUAAAGAGAGAUUGGAUAUUGAAAGGCAUGGCGCUAUCCGUUUGGGAACUCCUCACGAGCUGCGGACAGUUAAGCGCAUGUGUGCCGUCCUCGGCAUGUACCCAAUCGGUUACUACGAUUUGUCGCCAGCAGGAUUGCCGAUGCACGCAACGUGCUUCCGUCCUAAGACGAAGCCUGCCCUGACGAAAAAUCCAUUUCGUAUUUUCACCUCCCUGCUCAGACCAGAGUUGAUACAUGACGGAGAGGCAAAAGACAUGGCGCUCGAGCUAUUAAGUCGUCGGUCCAUCUUCAGUGACGAGCUCAUUGGGAUGAUUGAAGAGGCGGAAGGGCAAGGGGGUAGACUUCAGGCUCGGCAUGCAGAGCCGUUCGUGCGGGAAGCAAUGAAGACUUUUGGUUGGCAGCCGGUCGCCGCAGCUUCAAGAGAGGUGUAUUCAAAGCUUCAAAGUGCGCAUCCGAUCCUGGCUGAUAUUGCUUGUUUCCACAGCGCUCACAUCAAUCAUCUUACCCCAAGGACUCUUGAUAUAUCAGUAGCGCAGCAACGAAUGAAAGAUGAAGGCAUGGCGGCAAAGGCAAACAUCGAGGGACCGCCUGCACGGUCAUGUCCAAUAUUGCUACGCCAAACAAGCUUUCUUGCCCUGGAAGAACCAAUAUCAUUCCUAGCAUCUGAUGGUUUAUUGCAGUCGGGGUCGCACAAGGCUCGAUUCGGCGAGAUUGAGGAACGUGGUGCGGCUGUAACGCUGAAAGGGAGAAUAUUAUAUGACGCCCUGUUAGAGAAGACACAGCAAGCAAUGGACGAAGAUGGCAGCAAAGAGCUAGAAACCGUCCUUGCAAAGAAUUUCGAGGAAUUCCCCGACAAUUGGAUUGACCUUCGUAGGGAAGGUCUAGUGUACUUCGAAUACCGCAUUGAGGGUCUGAUCAAGGAUGGUAUAGUAGAGGCAACUCCAAUUACGUACGAAGACUUUCUGCCCAUGUCUGCUGCAGGGAUUUUCCAGUCCAAUCUUGGAUCUCGGAUGCCCCCGUCGAUGCAAUUCAACGGAAGGAAUCUGGCUAUCGGACAAUCUGCCUUAGAGGCAGCUUUGGGCUCUACGAUAACUGAUAUGCAUACUCUGUAUGAAGAAAUACAAACCGCAAGCCUUCGAGAAUGCGCCUUGGAGCUGGGAUUUACAGAGGAUGAGUUCAUCGAGGGCUGA